GUUUACGGCUGCGCGGAGCUUUGGGGGAGGAUGGGAACGGGGCUGAGCUGGUCCGGGUUCGGGAGCUGGGCGGGCGUCAGACAAAUCUAGUUGGGGGGCAGGGAGACUUAGGAAAGUGAAGGUUCCGAGGUGGGGGAAACUCCUCUGAAUGAAAUCGGAGAAUUGUGGUCUGGAGAGAGCCGGACGCCGAGUCGGAGCAGGAAGGGGGACUGAGGGAGGAGAGCUUGAGCAUUGAAAAAACUCCAUUGCUGUGAAACUGGGUGCCUCCAGUACUUGCAGCCUUAGCUGCAACUGCUUGGCAGUUCACUAGGUAGGAGAGGUCCUGCAGUAUUUGAAAGAUGGAGCUCAAGUCACGUUCUGAUACUGAAGAGCUCCCUCAGAUAACUGUGGUGAGCAGAGCUGAAGCUGUGCGUUCCAAACUCAUUGACACCUUUUCUCUCAUCGAUCAUUUGCGAGGCUUGAGCCAAGCUGUUCCGAGGCAUAAUCUUCGAGAAUUCCUUGAUCCUUCCCGACAAAGAAAACUGAUGCAAGGAGAUCACCAUCAGCUGGUUCGCUUCAGUGUCAGGCCUACUCAUGACCGAAUCCUUUAUGGCCAGAGGCAACAGUGUCGACUCAGAGUGCGCUACAAUCGGUGGGCCCCCAUUUCUCUCUGGGCUGGCUGGGUCCUUGAAAGACCUUUCUUUACAAACCUCAUCAUCUUCCUCAUCUUUUUGAAUACUAUUUUACUCAUGAUUGAAAUAGAGUUAGUGAAUACUAAAGAUGUCAAAAUGUUGCCAGUAAUGCUGGCUCUGGAGGUGGCAUCUUGGUUCAUGUUGCUUAUCUUCAUCCUGGAGAUCCUUCUCAUGUGGCUGUACAAUUUCUUCCUCUUUUGGAAAAGUGCCUGGAAUAUCUUUGACUUGUUUGUCACCAUAUUGUCAGUGCUUCCUGAGGUGGUGGUACUCUCAGGGGUCUCAACUGAAGCAUUGUGGCUGCAGUUGUUACGUAUCUGCCGGGUGCUGAGGUCACUCAAACUCUUUACACGGUUCGGUCAAAUUCGAGUCAUCAUCCUAGCUCUCGUCCGGGCUCUUAAGACUAUGACCUUCCUCCUGGUGCUGUUGCUCAUUUUCUUCUACAUUUUUGCUCUGACUGGUAUCUACUUCUUUGAAAAUUAUACCCGAUCAGACAUCCAGGACUUGGAAUACCAGACAUACUUCGUUGAUAUGCCCAACUCCCUGGUGACAGUGUUCAUCCUCUUCACCCUGGAUCACUGGUAUGCACUGCUUCAGGAUGCCUGGAGAGUUCCUGGACUAAGUAAAACAUUCAGUAGUAUAUAUGUUAUCCUCUGGCUGUUGCUUGGCUCCAUCAUCUUCCGCAACAUCAUAGUAGCUAUGAUGGUUACUAAUUUCCAGGCAAUUAGGAGUGAACUAUGGGAGGAGGCAACACAUUUGGCAGUGCAGCACAAAGCCGACAUAUUCAAACGCCAGAUCAUCAAAAGUAGGAGACAUCACCAGAGAGAUGGAAAAGCGGGGUCCAAAGGUUCUGGGACUAUCCAUGUGAUACCCAAUACCUCUCAUCAGUUUCCAAAUCCACCUGUAAGUGAUAUGACUUAUCCUGAAAAUGUAACCAAGACAACUGUCCCAAAAGAUGCCCCAUCUGCUCAAGAAAACCUAUUGAGCGCUGAUAGCCCAGGCCUAGUGGACUGGGAGACUCAUGUGCACCAGAAUCUCCCUGGGCUGAUGGAAAUGGACCAGGAUGAGCGGGUGGUUUGGCCCCGAGAUUCACUCUUUCGAUAUUUUGAAUUGCUAGAAAAGCUUCAAUACAACAUAGAGGAACGUAAACAGCUACAAGAUUUCGCAGUUAAGGCACUGAUAAACCUGGAAGAUAACUAAAAGACAACCUCUGAUAGCUGCAAUAAUGUCAUAGGCCAGAAGAAAGAUGGAAAAAGGAUUACUUGAAAGAAGAUGGUAGCAGACAAAAGAUGUUUGAAUAAAGUUAUCUGAAAGUUC